GGGCUUCCUUCCUCGGCGGCACCGGCGAUGACGGCGGGUCCGGGGCCCAGCUGAGCCGGGGAGCCCUCUGGCCGGAGCCAUGCCGGACCUCAGCCCGCCUCCCGGCUGAAAGAAGGAAGGAAGGAAGGAAGGUGCGAAGGUACGGAGGCUGGGCAGCGGUGGUGCUGGGGAGAAGAAGCCAAGCAGGAGGCUGGAGUUGGAGGAGCCAAGGUGGAGGAGCGCCGUUCCCUGGGCAGUUGAGAGCUGUGGGCUAUGGGAUGGAUGAAGCUGAGCAGGACCAGUAUGAAGCCCACCUCAAGGAACUCUUUGACAGCUUUGACGUCACUGGAACCGGGACCCUUGGGCAGGAGGAGCUGCGAGAGCUUGCCCACGUGUUGCACCUGGAAGAAGUGGCUCCCGGAGCGUUGCAGCAGACACUUUUGCAGGACGGCCUCCCAAGCCGGGUCCACUUUGACCAGUUCAAAGAUGCCCUCAUCCUCAUCCUGUCCAGCACAUUAACAAAUGAGGAGUCCUUCCAGCCACCAGACUCUUCUCCAGAGGCUCAACCCAAAUAUAUCAAAGGAGGGAAACGUUAUGGAAGGCGGUCCUUACCGGAGUUUCAGAAGUCCGUGGAGGAGUUUGCAGAGGUGACCGUCAUCAAACCCCUGGAUGAGGAAGGCCAGCCGUCCCACAUCCCCAACGAUGACUGUGAUGAGCGCUGGAGAUCCCAGGACAGCGAGGAAUAUGAAGCUGAAGGCCAGUUGAGAUUCUGGAAUCCCGAUGAUUUGAAUGCCUCUCCCAGCAUCUCCCCCACUCAGGACUGGAUCGAAGAAAAGCUGUGUGAAGUGUGUGAAAGCCUUGGCAUCUCCCGGGACGGGCACCUCAGCCGGAAGAAGCUGGUCUCCAUUUGCGAGCAGUACGGCUUGCAGAAUAUUGGCGCUCAGGUACUAGAGGAGGUCUUCCGCGACCUUGAGCACAACAAUGGCACCAUGAGCAUCGAAGACUUCUUCUACGGCUUGUUUAAGAUCAGGAAGCCUCUCCCGCCCUCCGCCUCCACCCCAUAUCGGCAGCUAAAACGGCACCUCUCUAUGCAGGCCUUUGACGAGACUGGGAGACGCAACACCACACCAUCAGCAAUGACGAGUACAAUCGGUUUCCGGGUGUUCUCCAGCCUGGAUGAUGGGAUGGGUUAUGCUUCAGUGGAACAGAUCCUGGAUGCGUGGCAUGAAGAAGGGAUUGAGAACAGUCAUGAGAUCUUGAAGGCUCUAGAUUUCAGCUUGGAUGGGAAAAUCAACCUGGCAGAGCUCACCCUUGCCUUGGAGAAUGAGCUUCUCGUGGUAAAGAACGGGAUCUACCAGGCAGCCCUGGCCAGCUUCAAAACAGAGAUCCGGCAUUUGAUGGAGCGGGUUGACCAAGUUGUCAGAGAAAAGGAGAAACUACGCCUGGAUUUGGAGAAAGCGGAGAAGUUGACGUCGCUCAUGGCUCGGGAGGUAGACGACCACCACGCUGCCAUUGAACGCCAGAACGAGUACAACUUGAGCAAGCUGGAUGAAGAGUACAAAGAGCGGGUUGCAGCUCUCAAAAACGAGCUCCAGAAAGACCGGGAGCAGCUCCAGCAGCAGGCCAGCAAGCAGCGGGCGGAAAUGGAGCAAGAGAUGGAGAAGCUGAAGACCGAGGAGAACUACCUUCGGGACCGCCUCGCUCUGACUCUGAAGGAAAACACUCGCUUGGAGAAGGAACUCUUGGAGACGGGAGAGAAGGUGGCAAAGUAUGAGGGCAUGAUGAGCAAAUUGCAGAAGAACUGGGAAAACGUCCUGGCAGAGAAGUUUGGUGAUCUCGACCCAGGAAGUGCAGAAUUCUUCCUGCAAGAAGAGCGGCUGAUGCAGAUGAAGAACAAAUAUGAGCAGCAGUGCAGGGAAUUCCAAGACCAGAUCGACGAGCUUCAGUCUCAGCUAGAAGAAUAUCAGGCUCAAGGCAGAGUUGUCCGGCCUUCCCUGCAAAACUCCCUUUACCAGGAGCUGGACGAUGGCGGAGUUGAGUGUGGUCAAGAGCCAGCUUCUGAGGAAUGCAACCCGCUGAACAUGAGCAUCGAAGCCGAAAUGGUGAUUGAGCAAAUGAAAGAUCAGCACUACCGGGACCUCCACAACUUACAGCAGGAGCUUGAAAACACAAUAAACCAUUAUGAGAAGCAGCUUGAGGACACCAAAGCCCUCUGUGACCAAGAGUGUGGAGACCUCCGGUGUAGCUUCAGCGAGGAGAGGCAGAGCCUGGAGCAGGAAGUGGGGCGCCUGCAGUGCCAGGUCGGGGAGCUCCAGGGAGAAUUAGCAAGAGUCGAGCAGCAGGCGGAAUCCCAACGGAGUCUGGAGAAAGCGUGCUUAGAGGAGGAGGAGGACGGCCAGUGUGAGAAGGAGCUGCAGGCCCAGCUGGAAGAGGUCCAGGAGAGCUUUCGCCGCGAGCGGGAAGAAUUGCUCCAGGCAAGAGCUUGGCUGGAAGAGAAGAUGAGGAGUUUCGCAGAGAGCGCCCGGAAGGAGAAAGCGGAGCUGGAAAAUGGUUUCCAGGAGCAGCUGCAACAGCUGCUGGAGAAUCACGCCCUGGAAAAAGAGCAACUGGAGCAAGGGCUGAGGGAGAAGCACCAGCAGGAGCUGCAGGAGCAAAGGGUGCAAAUGGAAGGUGAGUUUAAUGGAAGAAUGUCUUUGAAAGAGGAGCAGUUUGCCGUCGACCGGCAGGCGCUUGCCAGCAAGUACGGGGAAGCCAUCGAAGGACUCGAGGGACGCUACCAGCGAGAGAUGCGGGAGCUCUCCAAGCUGCAGUGUGAGGAGAAAUCCCAGUGGGAAUUUGAAAAAGACGAAAUUGUCCAGGACGGGGCCGAGGCCCGAGAGAAGUGGAAAGCCAUCCUGGAGGGAGAAAGGUCUGUGGCUUCAGCACUUGCCGAGGAGAAGGACCUCCUGGAGAAGAAGUUCAAGGAGAGUGUGAACUCGCUGGUGUUGGAGAAAGAGCAGCUUCAGAAAGAGCUGCAGGACACGAAGAAGCAAGAAGAUGAACUGCGGGAGAGACUCUUGCAAACUCAAGCCAAGCAUGAGCAGGAAUGGAAGAGAAGAGAAGAGGAAACGUCUGCCGUUGAGGAAGAUCGGAAGCAGGUUCUCCAAAAGCUUGAAAAACUGGAGGCGGAGUUUGCACGUGAGAAAAAUGAGCUGAACUCCAGGUUGGUGGCUUUGGAGCAUUUGAAGCAAGAGGCGCUCAGCAGAGCAGCAGAAGAUCAAGAAAAACUGAGAUCAAAGAUAUCAACACUUGAAAGUAAAAUUCAAGAACUCCAGAAUGAAUUGCAGCAGCACCCAAGACUGCAAAGCAAUUUGGGCUUUCCAGACAAAGAAGCAGGACCUCCAGGUGGUGAUUCCCCAUGGUCUGACAUAUCUCAGGAGCCCAAAGAAAUAACAGAUCUUCUAUCAAACCAGGAAGAGUUGCAAGAGCCAUCAGGAGAAAGUGAUGUGGCAACACUUUGUUUGAUGGAUAAGUUACCAGAAGAGCCAGAGAGAGAACUAACCAACUCCCUUGGUUUCAUGCCUUUGGUUCCAGACCCAUCCGUUGACUCUCAUCUCCUAAAUGUAACAGAUGGAGAAGACAACCAAAUAAAAACAGAAGGUGGGAUUAAAAAACCAGAUGGGAAUACAUGCUUCGUGUUGGCAACUGAUGGGACCAUGUUUGAAGAAAGCAUGGAGACUUCUCUUGCCUUGGAGAAGGCCUAUGAAGAAUUGAUAGUGGAGAACCAAGCCCUCAAAGCUCAGCAGGCUCUCCUCGAAGAGAGGAUCGACCUCCUGGAGGCUGAGUGUGACCGAAUGGCUCAUGACCGGCAGGACAUGGCUUCCCAGGUCCAGAAGGAACUAGAUGAGAUCCUGAAGACCAUUCCUAAGCCGAACUCUAUGCCUUGUGGAAGAGAUGACUGUGAGGAAAGAUUUCCCUGGGAGAUGGUUGAUGUUGAGAUGUUGCAUGCAGACUCUACAACGGGAAGCAAUAGUCUCUUUCCUGAAAUCUUGGAGACAGAAUCAAAUGUGGAGGAGAUGAGUGCUGGAUCUCUGCAGCUUGAGAUGAACCAUAGAAGGGAGAAGGGAGAGCUGAACUACUUGGUGCCUGAGCUUUGGGAUGUGGACGCCGAGAGGCAGGCCUGUUCCAGAUUGCAGCCCAAAGCUCUAAUGUUACCAGAAGAACUCAAGAUGGAAAACAAGGCCCUGAAAGCGGAGAUGGUCAAACUACUUGAGCGGAACAAUAAACUGGAGGGAUACCUACCAAAACUCAUCAGCUUGCAGUGCCAGUUGGAUGAAGUUGAUCAAGAAGCCCUCAAUCUGAAGGAGGAAAAAGCCCAACGGCUGGAGGAAGUCCGGAAACUGGAGGAGGUCCGUGACCAGCUGGUGCUGGACAAUGCUGAGCUUCAAAGCGCCAACCUGGUCUUGCAAAGCAAGCUGGGGAAGAUGGAGGAGCUGGUGGCCAACCUGAAGGCCCUGAAGGGUGGCCGGCACAGCCGUUGUGAGAGCGCUGCCAAAGAGGUGGAAGCGGAGAAGAAGGGCCUCCAGGAACUCAACAAGAAGCUGAGGGAGAAAGUGGCCACCCUGCUGAAGCAGAACGGCACCCACGGGCAGGAGCGGGAAGACCUGAAGGCAGUCCUCCUUGACUUGCAGAGCACCUGCGCUCAGCAGCGGCAGAAGCUGGAGUUCUUCAGAUGUGAAGCUGAGCGCCUCAGAGAAGAAAACACUGCUUUGAAGAAUGAAAUCGGUUUGUUAAACGAGGAAGGGAGUGUUUCCAACCUACGGCUGAGGGAGCUCAAUGGGUCUCAAGAAGAACUCUGGCAUAAGAUUGGGACUGUACAGAAGGAGAAAGCGGCCAUGCAGAAGAUGGCUGAAAACUUUAAGAAGCAGGCAUCAGAACUAAGAGCGAGGAACCAUCAGCUAGAAGUGGAAAAUGCCAAACUUAGCCGCCGAAGCUCCCCGCAUCAGGCGGACACCCAAGACCUGAAUCAGCAGCUGAGGAAAGUGUUUCGUCCGCGAGAAAAGGAAGCCGGAAAGUGUGGGCCGGAAGAAGGCGGGAGAGAGCGCUCCCAGCUCAAGGAGGAACUGGAGAAUUACAAAAUCCAGUCCUCAACACUGGUCUCAUCCUUGGAGACGGAGCUGUCUCAGCUCAGGGUUCAAGCCCAAGCUCUGGAGCAGGAGAACAAUUUCCUUAAAGAAGAAUUGGAGAAGGUAAAGCAGUUGCCAAGAUGCCCGGAUCUCUCUGACCUCCAAAACGAGAUUUCCAGUGUCAUUGUGAAAAAUGAGAAGUUGCUGAAAGAGAAGGAAGCACUCAAUGAAGAGCUGAACAGAUGUGUGGAGAAGUUGGCCAAAGCAGCCUUCCUGGAGAACCUCGUCAGUUCCUUGAAGCAGGAGAAGACGUCUCUGGAGCACCAGAACCAGGCACUGAAGACCCAGAUUGCAGCCUCCCAAGACAAGAUACAGAGCUUUGAUGACGCUGUGCAGAAUGUCAAUGUCCAGAUGUCCCGGCUCAGGUCAGACCUCAGGCUGUCCCAGCAGGAGAAGGAGGCUCUCGAGCAGGAUGUGAUGUCGUUGCACAAGCAACUGCAGACAGCCAAUGACAAGAAUCGGGUUCUGGAGGCGGCCAUGAAUUCCUCUGGUCUGCAGAGCCAGCAGAAGAAGCUCUGUUGGGAGGAACUGGACCAACUGGUCAAGGAAGAGCAGCAGCUGCUACGGCAGGAGAACGAGAGGCUGCAGCGGGAAGCCCAGGGCGCCAAAGCCGAUCUCACGCACUCCCGGGAGAAGGUGCGGCAGCUGGAGUCCACUGUGCUCUCCUUCAAGCACCAAAAGCACCAAAGCCAGUCAGGGAUGGUGAAGGCCAUGGAGCAGGAGAAGCUGGGCUUGAAGCGGGAGUGUGAGAGGCUGCAGAAGGAGCUGGCCUUGGCCAACAGGAAGAUAAGCCAGAUGAAUUCUCUUGAGCGUGAGCUGCAGACCAUCAAUUUGGAAAACGAAGGCCUCAGGAAGAAACAAGUGAGACUGGAUGAACAGCUGCUUCACUCCAACUCCAACGUGAAGUUUAGUCUGCCGCCGCCACCACUGCCGUCGCCGCAUCCUCGGGACCUUCAGCCGCUGGGUUGCGCGGCCGUCUCCUGGGAGCAGUACCAGCAACCGCAGCAGCAGUUCCUGCAGGCUGAGAGGAAUUGCCACCGCUUGCAGGAGGAGCUGGAGAGCCGCCCCCCAGAAACAAACAUGCCCCAGAGCGGUCAGGAGCAGCUGCUAAAAAUGAUGGAGAGGCGCAUGAUGGAUGUGGAGCAGCAGCUGAGGCUGGUGAAGCGCCUUCUCCAAGACAAAGUCAAUCAGCUGAAAGAGCAGCUCACCAAGAACAGAAAAGCAGACGAAAUGGUGAAAGACCUCUACGUGGAGAAUGCCCAGCUCCUGAAAGCUCUGGAGAUGACGGAACAGAGGCAUCAAACGGUGGAGAAGAAGAACUACUUGCUGGAGGAGAAAAUUGCCAACCUCAGCAGGAUCGUCAGCAACCUGACCUCCCCAACGUUGGGGUCCACGGUUCAGCUGGGCUCGUAGCACGCCUGCCGAACUCUGCACAACCCAUGCACUUUAGUGAGGAAAUGCUAGGCAUUUCGCCUGUUUUAGAAAACGCUGCCUUUGGAAUGUUAGAGGUUUAGAUCCGUGCCAGGGCUGCUCCUUCUCGAUCUCGAUCUCAACUUCCACCCUGGAUGCCUUACUGCAAACUCCCCAUUUGAUGGAGAGUUCAACCUGGAGGAGGAGCGCUAUGACGUUGGAAGUGCAACGCACCUUCAAACACUAAACACAGGUAUACCUCCAUUCGCACAGUCCUUGGCCAUUACUACUUGCACAGAAAUGUUGAUGCCAAAGCUACAAAUCAUAGAAUCAUAGAAUCACAGAGUUGGAAGAGACCUCGUGGGCCAUCCAGUCCAACCCCAUUCUGCCAAGAAGCAGGAAUAUUGCAUUCAAAGCACCCCCGACAGAUGGCCAUCCAGCCUCUGCUUAAAAGCUUCCAAAGAAGGAGCUAGAGCAGAACUUUACGAGCAUUUUUGAGACAUGGUAAUUCAGUUUUACUAGCAAACCAGAAGUUAAGCCAAUCCUUUUUAAGAGAUAUGGACACAGACAUACAUUGUCAUCUCCAUUUCCAAGCUGAGGAGCCUGCGUUGUCCACUGACACCUCCUGGUUGUGUGGCCAGCAUGACUGUAAUUGAUAAAGUGGCGUCAAACUGCAUUAAUUCUACAGUUUACAUGCACCCUCUACUACUAGCCCUGGUUUUAGUUGAUUUCUCAUGUUUUGCUCACACAUCUUCACUCACUUUUAAAUUUCCACUGCUAGUCACAUCUGUUGUUGUUCAUUCGUUCAGUCGUCUCCAACUCUUUGUGACCUCAUGGACCAGCCCAUGCCAGAGCUCCCUGUUACAUCUACACUGUGGAAUUAAUGCAGUUAAACAUCACUUUAAUGGCCCUCAAUGCCAUGGAAUCCUAAGAUGUGUGGUGUGGUGACGAGCAUCGCUCUGGCAGAGGAUAGAAUAGAACCCUAGAAUCCUAGAGUUGGAAGAGACCUCAUGGGCCAUCCAGUCCAACCCCAUUCUGCCAAGAAGCAGGAAUAUUGCAUUCAAAGCACCCCUGACAGAUGGCCAUCCAGCCUCUGUUUAAAAGCUUCCAAAGAAGGAGCCU